GCUCCUUCAAUUCUUCUCCUUGUUCGAGGUUUCUUCAGAUCGAUUGUUCGAUUGAUCGUUGCGAUCUCCAUGUCCACUUGGAGUCGCUAAACUGUGCGUCGUCUCAUUGAUUGAUUACUCGCCGAUUGAUGUGAGCGACGUUUUUCAACGAGCUCUUAAGGAUUCCGGUUUUGCCUUAUUCUUUAUUUUUGGAUGCAAGGAUGGCGGAGGAUAUGGAAGAGCUGCGGACGCCUCCCGUGCCUCUGGUGGCGCUGGUAGGGUGCCCGGAGUAUCAUGGAGCCAUAUCGUUGUAUCUGCACCGGGAGCAGCCGCCUCUCAACACUCUGGCGCUGCCGGACUUUGCCAAGCUUCCCAUUAUCGGAGGAAAGGAGAGGAAACCCGUGGAUGCGCGGAUGCCACCCCCGCUAGGCAUUCUAAAGGCCGACUGGUUGACGAAGCAUCGUACUCGCAUGCCGGCUGUGCUCGCCGUUCUCCUUGAUCGAGACCAGGUUUAUGGUGACCCUACGCAGUGGCUCGAAGUCUGCACCAAUCUCGACAACAUUAAGGCAGUAAUUCGAGGGAGGAACAUAAAGCUAGUGGUGGCAAUUGUGCAACCUACUAGUCAAGGAGAAGUCAACGAGGAGCGCUUAUCAGCUCUUCGAAAGCGUGCGGAGGUGGAUGCCAAGUGCUGUAUCUUAUUCAUUACCCAUGAGCCUAGUGAGCUCAGACGAUCGUUAGCAAGGUUGGGAAGUAUCAUGGGGGAGCUUGCCACCACUUUCUAUAGGGAGGAAGGUCGGAGGGUCAAAUUAAGAGUUGAGAAAAAAUCAUACAGCUCUUUAGAGCUUAGUGUGCGGUAUAAUUUCAAGAUUGCAGUUUAUGCUGAAUUUCGUAGAGACUGGGUUGCGGCCCUCAAGUUCUAUGAAACUGCGUAUUCCCUGCUUCAGGAGGUUAUAACCAGUACAUCCAUGGAACUACAACCUGUUCAGCGGGUUGUAGAGAUGAAAGCUGUCGCUGAACAAUUACAUUUCAAAAUCUCAAAUCUGCUUCUUCAUGGUGGAAAAGAGACAGAGGCAGUUAGGUGGUUCCGAGAGCAUGCAUCUUGGUAUAAGCAGAUGGUGGGGCCUUUCGAAGGGUACUUUUUACAUUGGGCUUGGAUUAGCAAGCAAUUUCAGGUUUUUGGUGAGUUGCUUCAGAAUAGGCUUGCAACAGUGGCACCACCCGCACAAAAUACUGCUAUGCGAGGUCAACCUGUUGUUUCUGAGCGGGAAUUGCAACCCGCCUACUACUACCACGUUUCAGCUAUUUACAUGGUUAAGAGAAGACGAGCGUUUCAAGCAGCCUUAGUGGCUUUUGAGGCAUUUGAAGAAAGCAACGCACCUGACGUUCUGGUUGGACCUCCUGAAGAAGUUGGCCCCCCUGUUUAUGUAGGACAGGCCCCGCGAUUACUAAAGAGAGGAAAUGACAAUCAUGCCCAGAGCCCAACAGAGACCGAAUACAUGCGACACUUAAUUCUACUCGAGAAAAAUUUCCAGCACCCAUUGAUUGCCAUAGCUCUGUUAAAAAAAGCUCACGAACUUUAUCAAUUGGUGGAGGCAACGCGGACAGCUUACCGUCUUUUGAAUGAUAUGGGUUGCGAAUAUUUUGCUGCCAAAGAUUACGUCAAUGCUAUGCGUAUUCUCAACUCCGUUAUUGGAAUUUAUCGUCAGGAGGAGUGGGUAGUUUUAUUGGGUUCCACACUCACGUAUCUACGGGAGUGUGCUCGCUGCUUGGGACUUGCGAAAGAAUUUGCUGAGUAUAGCUUUGAGCUUCUGUCCUUGCCACUAUCAGCUACCGUAUCUCCUGGCUAUGUCUCUGGCUCAGAAGUUGAACCUUUCGGGGAGCUGGAAAAAACUCAGCUUUGUCAGGAACUUGUUGAGUUCUUGCGCGGAGUUCGUGAUAUCACUUCCCAGGAAGGAAAACCAGGCAUGAAACUGUCAUCUGCUCAGCCUAUAAAUCUUGAGAUCAACGUUCAAAGUCCACUACGUAUGGUUUUAUCAGUUUGUGUUGCGUUUCAUAACCAAUCAGUUAGAGUAGGUAAAGUUACGAGGCUUACCCUUUCGAUCCUCACCCAUCUUCCACUACCUGUGGUCUUUGACGAGGUUGAGAUUUUAUUCGACCAGUCCUCGUGCAAUUUCUCAACCCAAAAGAACAAUUUUGUUGAAGUUGAUCAAGAGGACCUGGGGCCUUGUUCAAUGUUGGGGUUAGAGUUAGAGCCACUGAAGUGGAAGAGAAUCUCUAUUGACGUUGCACCAGAGGAAACUGGGAAACUAGAAUGCUUGGAGCUUGUGGCCCGUUGGGGUCCGCACACAACCAUCCGCUGCCAAGUGGAAAGUAUGGGUACGCGCGAGGAGAUUCCAUUUUGGAAGUCUGAACCUGGAAUUGAUGUACCACCAUCAGGUGAUCCUGCGCUGGCAAGUUUGGGACAGAAAUUGAUUCAGGUUGAGGAACCUGAGGCUCUUGUAGAUAUCUCCGUUGAGGCAUCCAGUCCUGGACUUGUUGGGGAAGCUUUCCCUGUUUGCUUUACUAUUUCAUCAGCAGGGCACUCAAUACAAUCUGGAGAUUUAGAAGUCUAUUUUGCACCAUCUGUGAAUUCAGAAGCCACUUUAGCGUCAAUGUCUCCUCCCAGGGGACCAGACCUCGCUCCAGCAGAGCUAUUGGUGAGAAAAACUGGGGAGAAUGCAGAGAGUAUUGGGGAUAACUAUGAGAUAUUCGCUGGCUUGGUGGAGGUCCCGGAAAUAAGCAUAGGUGAUAGUUGGUCCACAAUCAUAUAUGUGCGAUGGUUUGAGCCGAAGGCAGUUACCUUGAUGACUACAUUUGUUUACCGUGCAUCGGAGGCUGGGAUGCCCAAAUAUCAGUACCGUUUGCACAAGAGUAAAGAGUUAGAUUGUGUGGAGGCUCUGGCUAUUGAGCAUCACUACGUGGCCCCCUUCAGAAGAGAUUCACUCUUGCUCGGGAACUUGGAUGCCAAUACCAUAGGAGGUCAGGUGCCUGCUGCUACGCUUGCUUUGAAGGAGUCCAGCAUCUUAGUUGUUACAUUGAAGAAUCAAUCUUCCAUUUCACUUCGGCUCCUAAAAAUAGAGGCCACAGAGGAAGAUAGAAGUAGAUGCUUAUUGCAGAAGUCUGGCUCUGGCCCCUUGGCUAAUGAUCCUGACGGUGAAGCAGGAGGUAUUAUAGUGGCACCGCAGGAGAUAUUUACACAACUUUUGUGGGUUCACCCGUUAGUACUGUCUAAAUCAUUGUUGGUGGGAACAAUCUCGGUUCUGUGGCAAAGAACAAUGUCGAGUGACGUUAUGCCGAACAUCUCUGAAGUGCCAAUACAGCAUCACAAGGAUGCAGUUGAUUUUGUCAGCAACCGAGUGCCACUUGCGAAGAUUAUGGUGGAGUCUCCACCUCUAGUCAUUACUUUGGACUGUCCGCCCCAUGCUGUUCUUGGAAAGCCUUUCACCAUGACAACAAAAGUACAAAAUUUGACAUCUACCCUUCUGGAGGUUGCAUUUUCUGUAGUUGAUACAGCAAGCUUCAUCUUCUCAGGUGCGCACAGCGAUACAGUUUCAAUUCUUCCAAGAGGGACUCAUUUUCUCUCUUAUAAGCUUGUGCCUUUAUUUUCAGGUAUUCAGCAAUUACCCCGGGUAAAGAUAAAUUCUGCCUGGUAUAAUGCUGCUUUUCAGCCUUCACCUGUCAGCACCCAGAUAUUUGUCUUCCCUUCAACUAGAUUUGAACCAAACACUCAUUCUUCUGUUGAUGAAGCGUUUGGUUCUUUGGUAAUAAGUUAGGUGCUGAUGUCUAUAUUUGGUUACUCCAGUACACGGUAGGCUUACAUAUCUAAAAAUCUGCUCAUUGCUGAUUCACAUUAUCGUACGGAACAUCAGCUUGUUCUGUUUUGCAAAGAUCUGAUCCCACAAAGGUCAUAUAUUCAUGUUACAGCUUUUUAACUUGGAGUCUCAA